AGUCUUUGCUUUUUCGGUCUGCUCGCUCGUCCUGACAUAGCACACUUAACUGACCUCCUUCAACUUACAUUUUUCCUGUUCUUCAGUGGAGAGACACAGGUCCAGACUGAUCUAAUAUGCUGUAAUACCUAUAUGACAUUUUGAAUUGUUUGUGUGCAGUUGUGAAGUCUCUGGAGUUGACCUAACAGAAAGACAAAUGUGAAACAGACAUAGAAUGUGGAUGAGUCGUCCAGCAAGAUUCAACUAACCUUCACCAAACUAGGACACAGUAAAAGAGGUGAAUUUACAACCUUUCAAGAAACGAUGAACGUAACAAUGCAAACCACCACAGCAAACUCGUCUAAAGACGUCUGUGUUCAAAUCGGCGAGAGCCUUAUCAGUGACGUUUUGAUGUCCGUAUACAUUUUGGCUUUUAUAUUUGGUUUGGCUUUUAAUUUAUUAACUUUGGGCCCUAUCAUCCAACAAGUACGCCGACAGAACGUGCUUGGGAUCUUCUUGUUAAGCCUGUCUUUCUCUGAUUUGCUUUUUAUCUUCACCAUGCCCCUUUGGAUCAACUACUAUAAACAAGACCACCAAUGGAAGCUGGGUGUGCUCUCGUGUAGUAUCGUGGGGUUCUUCUACUAUUCCAACAUGUACAUUAGUAUCUUUUUGCUCUGCUGCAUCUCUGUGGAUCGCUGCCUCGUGGUCACAUACCCCCUUCACUCCAAAACCCAUCGGACUUCCAUUUACGCCUGGCUUCAGUGUUUGGGAGUAUAUGCCAUAGUGGUGUUACUGCAUGCUCUGGUGCUGUACAAUGAUGACUUAAAGGACGCACACGAUGACGUCAACGGCAAUGACAGGUGCUACGAAACAUUCCCGCUAACCGAUAAAAUUGUUUUGUUCAACUUGAUCAGAGUAGGACUUGGAUUUGUACUCCCACUGCUGAUCUUGGCAUUUAGCUACUGGAAAAUACUAGCCACAGUGGGGCAGAGUCCUGGUUUAAGCGCCCAAGCAAAAAGGAAAGUAAGAUUGCUGUCGUUUGGUGUGAUAGGUAUCUUCUCCUUUUGCUUUGCACCCUACCACAUCCUCCUCCUCGUGCGUUCUCUAGUUUUCUAUACUAGCACAAACACAGAUUUCAAUAGUAGUUACUGCCAGUUCGAGCAGAAAAUGCACUUUUUCUUUUCAUGCACACUGGCUCUGUCUAGUCUCAACUGUGUGGUGGACCCAGUGCUGUAUGUGCUGGUCAGUAAUGGGGUUCAGAACGAUGUGAAGUCCUGCUGUAGCAGACAAACAAGGUCACAGACUGAGGACUGUGUGUUGACAGCACAAAGAGACAUAAAAAAUAAUCUAAUAUAAAACUGAAAAUAGAUUUGGUUUACAUGUCCUUCAUGUGUGGGAGAGCUUCUUGAGAAAGUUAUUACUAUCUGCAUGUUAUAUCCUCACUGACAGAUUGCAGUGGCAUUUAAUUAUCGGUCACAAACAACAAAGAUUUCCUUUCUAAUUUGCAAUUUUUCUCCAAAUGCUACCCUCUCUCUCUCUCUCUUUGUCUGAGCGUGGGACAGGUUCCAAGCUGUAUUUAUAAACAACAUUAUAUGUUGAAAUCAUAGCCUGAUAAGAGUUGCUCUGUCAGACACUUAUUUGUAUAUUCAAAGUGUUGCUAUGAAUUAUGUAUGACAAACCUCAAUCUAGAAGUUAAUGAAGGAGAUGCAGGACUGUUUGCGGAACACAAAGCCUUUAUGCAGAGACAAUCAGCCUCCUGAGAGACACAACAUGGCUGCCAGUGGCUCCAUCAGAUUGUGCUUGGAGCUGAAGAGAUGUUUGAAUAACAUGCAUCUGUAUAAUUGGAUUGCAGUCCCAGGUUUGGUGGUCCCAAGUGUUGUUCAAUGGCAGUACUUGCACUUGUGGAUGGACACAGCGAUAGUUGAAGAGCUCUUGUGUUUUUCCUUCCAAUCUGGACUACAAUAUUCUGUCUGUGAUUGUGUGACCCUGUUGCAUUUAAGAGCUACAUAAAAGCAUGCGCUUCAGAAGCACUUCACAUCUCAGUGACUGUGAAACAAAUAAACUACUGUUAAGUAUGUUUAACCCUAGUAGUAUAAAUAAACUGAAAUAUUGUAAACUAAUUAUUGGUUUGAUUUACAUAAGAUCACUGUGUUUGUGUGUAAUGUAUCUUAUUCAAAUGUAUUCUUUCAUGCCAUUACUGAUAAGCGUUUUCUUCCUCACUCAGAUACAGGCACCCCGGGUGUUAAAGAGGCUUCUUGUUAUAGAGUUAUUUUUUUUAAAAUGGUCCAUUCUCCAUCUGUGGUGUAGGCAUCAAUAAUAUUGGUUUCUUCUAUCAGUGCCUCUGUCAUUUAAAACCAUUCAAAAUAAACAGGAAAAGAACUGUACAGAAUGUAGUAGUCUAUCUUCAAAUAAAUAUUUAUUAAAUGUA